AUGAAGGGGCGCUCAAUGACUGGCGUACUCUGCGAAAAGAAGAUGCCUAAGCGUCUCACAUCCAGAAUCUACAGAACCGUCAUCCAGCCGGUCGCAAUUUACGGUGCUGAGUACUGGCCUACGACCAAAGAAUUAGAAGAUCGUCUUGGCAUCAUGGAGACCAAGGCGCUACGCUGGACAGCCGGAGGAACACGAUUAGGCCGUACAAUUGAUGACGUCAUCAGGGAGCGAUUCGGUGUAGCGGCCGUUGUUAAUAAAAAGUGCGAAGCCCGUCUCCGAUCGUAUGGUCAUUUUCUUCGUGCGAAUGAAGACAGUGAUCGGUCUCAAUCUUGA